CUUCUGGUCUCCUCAGGUCUCCUCAGGUCCCUGCGUCUCCUCUGGUCUCCUGGUCUCUCCUGUGGUCUCGUUGCGUCUCCUCUCUCAGAGCCAUGCGUCUCCUGCUCCUUGGCCUGCUCCUCGUGGGCUCCUGUUGUCUGUCCAGAGCGGGUCUGAUCUUGGAGAAUGGCGCUCCGAUUAUGUGGGCCCACGCCACGUCGCAGCCGACGGACUUAACCAUCACGGAGGGAGUGCUGACCCCUGACCCCUGGCACUACCUGCACCGCAUGAGCUUUUACCGCAUCCUCAUCGCCGCUACUGACCCCUACAUGACCUCUAUGGGCCCCGGGGACAACCAGAGCCCCAUCUGGGGUCUGCCUCUGCAGCUCGGCUGGAUGCUCACCUCAGGUCGUCUGGCCGACCCCACAGGUCUGACCGUAUGUGGGACUCAGGGUGGAGACACGGCCGACAUGUGCAUCUCCACCAACAGCUGGUGGGGCUGUGUGAACUACUUCUCCUCCGCCCUGCCCUUCCUGUCUGCGGCGAAGCAAGGGAUAUUGGGAGAUGGAGUUUCUGUCCAGAUGCAGAGUCCGGCCGGAGUCGAGGGAUACUGUACCACCUACGACUCGUGUAAAACAGCUCAUCCCGACGUCAUCAACAACUGGGACUCGUUUUUCCAGGGUCUGAAGGACGCCACCACCUCCCCUCUGCCCGAGAACGAGAAGAAGGACGCCAUCUUGGGACUGUACUGGAGAGCGCAGAUGUCCUCCACCGCCGCCCACUCCACCUGCCAGGACAAGCUGAGCUCUUACUCUGGUGUGGAGAAGUCGUUCGCUCACAGUUGGCUAAACGCUGCAGAAUACGUCGCUGCAGCUCAUUUCCAGUCGAGUUUGGAGUUGGCGUCUCAGUUCAUGUCUCCUCUGCCCGGGCGAAUUCUGAAGGAAGACGACAGCCCUCCAAACAUCCCCGACCUGAGCGCCGAGGAGAACCACUCCCUCUACAUCUUCUCCUGGAUGCAGAGCGUCGACAACUUUCUGGGGGGCACUCUGGCGAGCAUGUGGCGCAGGGCCAUGUGCUCAGUGACGACUCGAGAAAACGGACGAGAGAUGCUCAAACAGCUGCUCUUCAACCCCGAGUACGCCACCUCCAGCUUCCUCUCCAUCGUCACCUCCAUGUCCACGAGCUGUGGCUCCUAAGACCGGGACUGGACCGGGUCUAGACCGGGACUAGACCGGGACUAGACCGGGACUAGACCGGGACUAGACCGGGACUAGACAUGGACUAGACCGGGACUAGACAUGGACUAGACCGGGACUAGACAUGGACUAGACCGGGACUAGACAUGGACUAGACCGGGACUAGACCGGGACUAGACAUGGACUAGACCGGGACUAGACCGGGCCUAGACCAGGACUAGACAUGGACUAGACCGGGACUGGACCGGGUCUAGACCAGGACAAGACUGGGACUAGACCUGGACUAGACCGGGACUAGACCGGGACUAGACCGGGACUAGACCGGGACUAGACCAGGACUAAACAUGGACUAGACCAGGACUAAACAUGGACUAGACCGGGACUAGACCGGGACUAGACAUGGACUAGACCGGGACUAGACCGGGACUAGACAUGGACUAGACUGGGACUAGACCGGGACUAGACAUGGACUAGACCGGGACUAGACCAGGACUCGACCGGGACUAGACCGGGACUAGACCGGGACUAGACAUGGACUAGACCGGGACUAGACCGGGACUAGACAUGGACUAGACCGGGACUAGACAUGGACUAGACCGGGACUGGACCGGGUCUAGACCGGGACUAGACCGGGACUAGACCGGGACUAGACCGGGACUAGACCGGGACUAGACAUGGACUAGACCGGGACUAGACAUGGACUAGACCGGGACUAGACAUGGACUAGACCGGGACUAGACAUGGACUAGACCGGGACUAGACCGGGACUAGACAUGGACUAGACCGGGACUAGACCGGGCCUAGACCAGGACUAGACAUGGACUAGACCGGGACUGGACCGGGUCUAGACCAGGACAAGACUGGGACUAGACCUGGACUAGACCGGGACUAGACCGGGACUAGACCGGGACUAGACCGGGACUAGACCAGGACUAAACAUGGACUAGACCAGGACUAAACAUGGACUAGACCGGGACUAGACCGGGACUAGACAUGGACUAGACCGGGACUAGACCGGGACUAGACAUGGACUAGACUGGGACUAGACCGGGACUAGACAUGGACUAGACCGGGACUAGACCAGGACUCGACCGGGACUAGACCGGGACUAGACCGGGACUAGACAUGGACUAGACCGGGACUAGACCGGGACUAGACCGGGACUAGACCAGGACUAGACCGGGACUAGACCGGGACUAGACCGGGACUCGACCGGGACUAGACCGGGACUAAACCGGGACUAGACCGGGACUAAACCGGGACUAGACCGGGACUAGACCAGGACUAAACCAGGACUAAAGUUCUUUUUCUAUAAUAUUUUCUUUUAUAAACUUCAAACUCUUUGGAAAUAUUCAAAUGAUUUUCAGUCGUGUUUGUGAUACAGACUCUUUACUCCCUCUAGUGGUCAUGUGUGGAACGGCCUCUUUAAUAAACACAUUUUUUUAUUUUAGUUUAAAUAAAUUCAAACGCUGUGAUUUAAAGGUGCACUGUGGAACUUUGAUGUUUUAAUCUGGCAAAAAAAAAAACGUGAAAAACAACUUAAAAUGACAAAAAUAUUUAUAUGAACACGAGCAGAUCAGGCGCACUCAGAAAAGUUACACACUGCACCUUUAAAAUGUUUAAGAACAAGAAAAACAACUUUUAUGGAAAAAGUUUAUUUUAACACAAAACUUGCAACAACACAAAACAUCGGUAAAGGAUUUACAAAGGGAAGACAGGCCCCGCCCCCUCACGAUCUACAGGCCCCGCCCCCUCUGCGUCACUCUGGAGUCUUCAGGCCCCGCCCCCCAGGCCCCGCCCUCAGCUUCACUCUGGAUUCUACUCUAAAACCGAUUGUCUGGAAAAAUAUCAAACGCACAAAACAAGAUGGAAUCCUCCCGUUUCCAUGACAACAAAACAUUACACUGAUAAAAUACUGGAACUUUUUUUUUCUUUUACCGAACACUGUACACUGUAGAAAAGGAAGACGUGAAGACGACGCUUCAGACUGAAACUGAAACGGAAACAUGGUCUGGUUCAAACAGAUUCACUGAGUCAAACUUAAACUCUGAUAUUAAAGGGGCACUGUGUAACUUUUAAGUUGUCUGAAUUCUUCUUUAGUUUAGUGGUGACGCCCCCUGGAGGCGUGGAGUGUUAAAGCUGAAGAACUACAGGUUAAAGCUACAGUAUGGAACAUUCUGCAGUUGGCACGUCACAGAAACUCCACUGAAACACAAAGUUAAAGCCAUACUUCGGAACAUUCUCCGUACUGUGGAAUGUUACAGCCAAGAGAAUGUUUCCAUGGAAACAAGCAGGUGGCCCUCCUCUAGGCCAAAGAAGAGUCAGGUCUGUGGAGAGGCGAGCUCGCUUACAGUGUUUUUCAAUGCAAUAAAAACUGAAAAAAAGAUUUUAUUUGAGUCUGUUUUUUAAAAUGUUCCAUACUGUAUCUUUAAGGAUGUAUUUAGUGUUUAAACUAAGUUUAGUUUAAACUUUGAAAACCCUGUAAUAAUAAACACAUGUCA